AUGCAUUGCCUGGCAGGCGACUGUUGGGCGUACGCAGUGGUGGGCAGCAUCGAGGCGGCACUCGGCAUUCUUGCCAACACCUCAGCGGCGCCAGUGCUGUCAGUGGAGCAGCUGAAGGCCGCCAUGAAGGUCGGCUGCUCUGGCAGCACGCCCUCUCAGGCCUUCCAGCUGCUGCUCAAGCUGGCGCAAAAAGGUGGCGGGCUCGUGUUGGAGGGCCAGUGGGCGGUCGAGAAAGGCAAGAAGUCCUCGAAGGCAGGCAGCAGUAAUCCUCUCUGCGCGCCGCUCUUGAAGCCACUGGCCAAGCUGUUUGGUGUGACGUGCAGCAAGGCCAAUGACAGCGGCUUCGAGUCGACGUCCUUCUACGGCUGGUUUGGGCUGCUGCUGGCCGUGCAGCGGCAGCCAGUGGUGGUGCACAUUGAGGCAUCGGCCGCAUCGUUCAAGAAUUACGAUGGGGAUCCCGAUUGCUUCACGUACAACCUGAACCACGUGGUGCUGCUGGUGGGGUACCGCCUGGUGGGCAAGGACUCACGCUUCCCCCACAUGGCGCCGCCCUUCUGGAUCAUCCGCAACUCAUGGGGACCUGACUGGGGGGAUGGGGGCCACAUGCGCAUGGACAUCCAAGGGGGGGAUGGCGUGUGCGGCAUCAACUCGCUGCCAGGCCUCUACCCUCUGGUUAGAGCCUCUGCUGCUGCUGCUGCUGCUGCUACUGCUGCCGUCACCACCAGUGCUGCUGCUGCUGCGGCUGCGGCUGCUUGCCUCCUGUCAUUGCUGCCACCGUGUUCUCUCUUUCAUCCCUUCCCUCCCUUUCACUCUCCUCCCUCCCCUCCCGACCGUUUUCCUCCCACCCCGUUGCACCCGGCAUCAGAGGAUGCAUGCAAGGCAGCCAAGCGCAACCCGUGUGCGGUGGGAACAUGUGUGAACGAUGGGGCGGGGUCAUACUCCUGUGUGUGUCCACCAGGCUUCAGGCAGGGCACCACCGUCGAUGGCACCUUCUCCUGUGCUCCAGGUACCUCAUUGUAG